AUUACGUCGCAUCAUGUGAUAUUGUUUUUAUCAUCUAAUUUGCAUAUUUUGGAUUUAGCCCGAUGUGAUGUGAUGGCAGUCAGCAGCUAGCAGUACGAAUUCAGGAUAUAAAGUCCCAAUUCAAACCUUCGCAUGAUGGCUACUUCCGGCCACCAUGUAUCUGACUGUUCCAAGGCCUCUAGAGUCCAUCCAUUUGGACUGGAAGUAUCAGUCACACAGGAUCAACUCCUCACUGCUUUCUUCAACCAUCUCUACCUUGGCCAGUGGGAGUUAGCAAGUGCAUGUGCUGCAAGCCUUGAAAGUCUACAGGGAUCUGAUGAUCAAGUAGACAUUAGGGCUGUACUGCAAGCUAUCAUCAGACAUCCACAUGACAUCAGUCUUGGUUUGGAUAGCAUUUCAUCUCCUCAUCAGCUUGCUUGGUUAGCAUCACUUCAUUUGAAGCAGGAGGCCAGGAAGGAAGAGGAUUUAUCUGCUGACGAUUACAGAGAUGUCGAACUCAGACUGCUACUAUACCUUGCAAAUUCUGAUGCUGGCUCAGCCGUUUUACAGGAAGUAUAUAUGUACUUCAAGGCUGUUCAGUUGCAACUUGAGGCUGCUCAUCAGAUGUUGGUUCAGAAACAGACACUGCUUCCAAACCUUUCAAAAGACUGCCUCAAAUUCCUGCUGUCAACUCUUAGCAAAGAUGUCACUCUUGGUCACACUAUCAUACAACGCCUCCUCCUGCCAAAACAACACAGGGUGGAAGAAAACAACCUAUCUCUUCAUCAGGUCUAUAUCACUUGUCUUAGGGACUGCAUAUCAUCAUUAGAAUCAGUAGGUGACAGAGGCAGUGUGGUAGAAAAGGAACAAAUGGUGCAAUUGAUUCACAGUCUUCUGAACUAUUUUGAUCCUCCUGUCUCACUGCUACCCAGACUUCAUAUUGAGGAACUGUUCACAAGUUUGCUUAGGCUUGCCAAUCACUACCCAGGAUUGUUUAAUGAGUCUUCACUCACUGCAAUCCUUGUUGGUCGGGACUCGGACACAUUGCUCCAAACCUUUCUGAAGGUUCAGUCUACCAUGAGCUGGGAGUGUGUAGAGAGAGAUGUAUGUACCAGGCAUCCUCAGCUGAAGUGUAUGUGUCCAGAGCUGAGGAUUAACUUUGCCCUGUCAAUGAUGGACGAUAGAGAAGCUGCUUGGAGGAACCUCUUGCACUGGGUGUUAGAGAAUGAUCAACAUGUUCUAAGCAAGAUUGUGGAAUUGUCAUUAACUCUAAUUCGAGAGAGAAUGUAUGAGGAGCUGAGCAACCUUCUCCAGCCUAGUGAGUUUGCACCCAUCAGACCUCUUAUCUUACUCCUUGGAUGGGGUCAUGUGGAUAGCUGUUCAGCUGCUCAGAAUCUCAUACAGACACUAUGGAGAAAACAACCUAUCAUUGGUGAAGAUGAUGUGCUGCAGCAGGCCUGCCAGAGACUUCAUCAAGAUGUACAACUCAUCCAAUGGUGCUUGGAGCAAGUCAAACCUUUGAUAGCCAAGUAUGAUGGUGACCUUUCAUUGGAGCAGAAGGCUACAACCAUGUUUCAAGGGGCAGACUCUCAUUCAGUACUGAGAUUACUCUAUCACUUCACAAACCUCUCAAACAUAGAUCCUAUGGAAGGAUUCCGUCUUCUGAACUCUAUACCUCAUCUGGGUAAGAAAGAAUUAACACAGAACAAAGGCCAUGAAGCAAAGACAGUGAGGUUUGCUGACGACAAGGAGCAAGUUGACCAGAAGCGAGAUUGCACCAUCUAUAGGAGUUUCCUGGCCAUAGGGAAUGUCAUGUCUGCACUGAUAUACAGUGCUAAUCCAACUCCUACUACCCAGGAUGUACAUGGUAGUGGACCUCCUACUCCACCUACAGUAUCAGUGGUGCCUCCAGAGGGCCAAGGUGAAAUAAGACCUGGAACUCCUGAAACAGUUGGGAAUGAGUCUGAGAAUGUUGAAGAUGAGGAUAAGAGCUGGCAGACGUGUGUUGUGGGUAAGCUGAGAGCAGCUAAGGAGCAUCUUUCAGAGAUUGUUCCUCUCACAUACAGGGUUGAAAUCCUGGAGAAUCUCUUCUCUCUGCUGUUUGCAAGAUACGAGGACAUCCAAACUCUUGAGAGUGGUGCUGUGAUGUCAGACAGUGGAGGAGAGGAGGGCCAUGUGGAUGAGGAGUGGAACAACAUGAGCUUUAAUACAAGUCUGGAAAGUGUGGAAAGCCCCUUCAAGGAGGGUUCACUUUUGACAGAGUUCACCUUCCCAACAAGGACUCUUGAGAAGAGUUCGUCCGUCAUUGAGAACCGUUCUGUGAUGAACGGCCAGAUGAAAGGUAGAACCCAAAGCUCCAGUGACGCUACACUCACCUCUUCCCUGCUUGAUAGAACAGAUGUGCUUGAAAGUGGUGAUGUGCAGCGAUUGAAAUAUGGAAAGAGGACUAGUUCUGAGACUACAAACAGUCUGCAAAGUCAUCUGAAUCACUUUGGGUCUUCAGUCAACAGGGUUGGUUUUCUCACCAAUCGAAGGUUCAUGCAGGAGCUGCUAACAAUGCUCAAGGAGUGCAUCGAGGAAGUGAAUACCGCCAAACUUGCCAAUAUGGUAUCCAAGGAACCGUCCCAAGGGUCUUUCGAUGAGGUCCUCCAAUCACAUCUUCUCACAUCUGUACCCCAGACCCAUUUUGCCCAGCAUAUUGCCCAGCUCACUAAGAGAAUCAAUGAAGCUCGUUGGCGCUUUCAACUGGUUUCCAGUCACCAAGCCAAUGUUGAUGAUGAAGACAAGUAUGACGAGGUUGCAGAGGAGGAAGUUGUCAUCAGGAAAUUCUUUGAAGCCUGGAGUGAUGAAAUAGGAGAAGGAAAGAAGAAAAGGAAAAGAACUUCAUCCAAACAAAGUCAAAGUAGAAGCAGAAGUGUAUCAGGCUGGAGUAGUUCUGAGCCGGGAAGCGGUAACCACUCAACGCACUCACAGACACGCCUAAGUGCAGGUCCAAUGUCUACAGGUACCAGCAGUGGCAAUGAAAGAAGAAAGAGAAGAAAGCAUAAGAAGUGUACCUCCCAUCGAGGAUCUAUCAGCCCUAAGCCUCCUCUUCAUCAAGACUCUAGCAUCGUAGCUCAGAUGCUUGCUUCAGAAGAUACUCUGCUCAGGAUGUGUCUCAGGAGGGGAAACUUUGCACAGGCACAGCAGGUCAUCAAGAUCUUUGACAUGAAGGACAAACCAGAGGUAUCUGAAGUCCACUUUGCAUCACACUGGCAGCAGGCAGUUAGUAAGCUCAGAACUCUGGACAAGUCCAAGAAGGGUUCCUCCUCCACCAACACAGUCACUUCUAGCCAGCAGCCUAAGGCUAGAGGAAUACUUGGAAGCAUUGCAUCAAUUGCUGCAGCUGGUAUUUCAUCACUGUCUUUGGCAGGUGUAGUAGACGACCUACUGAACAAUGCUACCUUACCGAUGCUACCUCACCUAGAUGACCUUCAUUGGGGAGUGGUAGCAGAUGCUAGUCCUGGUUCAAGAGGUGGUAGCAGCAUGCUGUGUCAGCAACUCAAAGCCAUUAACAUUUCUGCUAUGGUUGUCUUUGAUCUUGCAUGCACUGUCAGUCAUUCUUGGGAAACCUGUGGUGAGCUUUUGGAUGUGGUUAUGAGUCGUCUCAAAGUGGCUUCUGUCUCGGAACAGGGAAGUCCUGGACCUGAAGUGAAACUCACCAGUCCAUCUCGACCAGUGUCAAGUCCCAAAGUAGACCAGUCACAGUCUUUGCUGGGUAUACCAGCAUUCAUUGAACAACUAUACAACCUGAUAAACCCAAUCUCAUCUAGUUCAACAGCUUUGAUUCGUCCUGAUGCCCUAGAAUACUUUCAGCUUUGUGCCUCUGAAGCUCUCACGACUGUCUCUGCACCCUUGGACCCAUCAACCCUCCGUGCCAAUGUCAACUUUGUCCUUGAAAUGCGUAGAGGGCUUGAGCUUGUGACUAAGGCCCUUCAAGUAUACCAGGCUGAUGAAGACUGUGGCCUCGCUGAACUCUCUCUGACCUUUGGAGAUAGCCCCAAGCAGAGCAGUAGUCCUAAACGUGGAGCUCCUCACCCUAGCCCAAAGCAGAGUCCUGUCAAGACUAAGCAGAAAGUUUCUGAGAUUCAUCGUUCAGUACAGCAGCUACUCAUUGCACUUGAUAAGAAUGUGAUGCCAAGCUUCAUGAUGGCUUUCCCAAAGAACCGAAGCAGUGAUGAUCAGCCGGUCAACCCAGCUAACUAUCUCUUGACUCUGUAUAACCAUCUUGGUGUCCUGGCUUCUCUGGCCCAUGAUGCCCAAGGUUGGCAGCCAGGGAGUGAGAGGCAGUUGAAAGUGGGCCGAGACCUGUGUCAGAACCCAUUUAGUAUCCUAGCAGAGAGUCCUAGUCUGUUACUGGGUAGACUCAUGUUUGCCAAUCAGAUCCCACCAGUCAGGUUAGAGAGUGUAGCGAGUGAGUUGAAGCUAAACCUGGUACAGAUCAUCAUGCAGAGCUGCUGCCCAGCUAUUCCCAUGCUGCCCCACCACUCUACCAUCCAUCAAGCACCUACUACACCCUGUCCAGGAGACUAUGUGACUGUACUCAAUGAAGGAGGUGUAGCAGGGGAGUGGCCCCAUCCAGUCAGGAGACCCUGCGUGGUCGUUGAAGAGCUUCUCAAAAAGAUUAUCUCUCUCAUGAUGAAGCAUCUAUCUGGUGAUGGAUCAGAUGCUGCUUUUGAGUUGAGUUCUGCUCCUGCUGCCUGUACUACCCCAGAGUACUGGGACAUAGUCAUGUCUACAAGAGAACUCAUGCAUGUAGACAUGGACCUGCUACAGAGUAAUGAAGACAAACUCUGUUUCUUCACCAAUCUCUUCAAUCUAAUGCUUGCUCAUAGGGCUUUGCAUCAUGCUGCUCUACAGACAGACGCAAAGGGCAAUAACUUCUCACUGGGUCACACCCGUCACCACUCGCUUGGGCGUGGCACUACCAACCCUGCGUCUAUCAUGCUGACACCCCCUGGUAUCAACAGCACAAUGGUCCUUGACCAGCUGGUUUAUCUGACCAGUAUGGCAUACAGAGUUGGUCAGAUGGGGGUCAUCAGUGCAUUUGAUCUUCAUUAUGUCAUUCUGCGAUCCACUUUGCCUGUGCCUUUAGUCUAUGGAGAUAUCUUACAACAUAGACUCCAUGCCUUAGGAGAGGAUGAUCCAUGGUUGAAAUACAUUCCUUCACCCGACUCCAGAAUCACCUUUGUGUCUUGUAGCGGAGCCGCUUCCUCACCUCGUCUCAGAGUUUUGACAGGAGAUGACCUAGAUGAGCAGUUAACUCUGGCGAUGCAGAAUCAUCUGGAGGCUGGAGUUAGGGUUGAUGAGAAACUGAACCAGAUCAUGAUACCUCAAUCGCUGGAAUGGUUCCGCAAGGACUUCACCGGUUCCACUCUCCCAGCCAACAUAGAUCAUGGUAAUAUCUACAUGGGUCUACUGAGAGUCAUCAGUCCUCAUGUAUCUCAGUAUCUAGGUGAUAAGCUGGAGACCUACACCAUGAGGUACCUACCAAGGCACAUUGAGCUGGAGAGUAAGGCAGAACUGACCAAGGGUGGAGAAGAUGGAACAGACAAGAAACCUCCACUGCUGCGGUCCAACUCCAUGAGGUUCAAGGUCAUGGUAACACCUUAUGACCACACCUUUAGAUACCGAUUCCACGGCCCAACAGAUAAUACAACACAAUCCCGUUCACAGAAACGCAGACUCUCUGUCCCAGACAACUUUGACUCCAGUGGACUAGGCUGGAGUUUGAAAGACGAGCCUGCCACCGAACCACCUUUCUCAAUGACGGAGCCAACAUUGAUGUACUUGCACUCCAAGUCCAAACUGGUAGCCUCACUGGCGGGCGUGGUCAGCGCAGGUAUCGGUGAAAACACAGAUGACUUCGCCAGAGAUAAAUCCAUUGAUGAAGAUAUGCUGCCAUCUAGUGUUGGUAGUCCAGGAAGUCUCUGCUUUGAGGAUACCUUUGGGAGUGAGAGAACGUACAAUCCCAAGCUCUCAACCCUGACGAAAGUCUUUCAGCAUCUGGCAGGGUAUCCCAUCAUGCAACAUUACAUCCAGUCAUUCUUCUCAGAAGUGUUGUCCAUAGUUGGUAGCUCUAAAGGAAAUGAGCACCUUAAUGAGAUGGAAGUUAGAGCAAGUCUCCUGGCUGAUAUACGUUGCAAGGAGAUUCAAGACUUACUGAAGGAGGCUGUAGAGUUGCUUGUAUCAAGCUGUCAGUGGGAGGCAGUCUUGAGGCUUGUGGAUACUAUCCGAUGCGUCACUGGUACCGAGAGCUACGAUGCCAUCAGAGAAUUUGCUGCGUACUGUGCUGGUAACCAAGUCAAGGGAGUUCAGAUGACUUCAUCCCCUAAACCAACAUGGCAAUGUCUGCUUUCCAUCAGGAACAAGAUGCUGAGAGGCAGGGCAGUGCUAACCUCCUUGGAUAGUCUUCCAAUUGAAGAUGCCUUGGAGCUGCUAGAAUGUUGUGUCUUGGAGGACAGGAAGGACUCUCCUUUGAACACCAUUCUGCACACCAAGCUUCAGCAGCUCAAGAUGUACAGAAAGAUCACAUUCUAUGCUAUGCAAUACACCCCGCCGCGGUCACUUGAGGUGCUUCAGGGAGGAAGUACUCCCUCUGACCCUUCUGAGUUGAUUCAACCUCUGUGUACUUGGCAGGAUGUUCAGGAUGCUUCUAAGACCAGCCCUGACAAUGUCCUCAAGCUCUUAAUGUCUGCUUCAGACUUUGAUCUAGCCAAGGACUGGGCAGAGCUCCAUGGAGUUAUUGAUGAUUAUCAACAGACUAUCCAAAUCAACCAGUUGGAGCAUUUAUUAUGCAGCAGUAGUAACAACCUACAAGUCUACCAGAUACUAGAGGAUGCUUGUAGCAAUGAAGAGACAGUCUCUAUGUGUACUCAGUUGCUGGAGUCUCAGAAGAUAGCCCUACCAAGUGUGGUCUUCUUGGUCCAGUACCUCCUUCACAAUUGCUUUGAUGAACUCUCUUUGGAGAGAGCUGGAAAGCUUCAUGACAUUGGUAUAGGAGCCAAGGUGCUGCUGUGUUUACCUGAGAGAGUACGAGCAGAGUAUAAGCAUCUUAUGUCUAGACCAGACCUACUCCUGGAACAACUACUCAUGAAUCUUAAGAUGAACCUUGCGUCAGAUGUGCAGGCAACGCUACAAGAACAGCUCCAGGCUUCUCAGUUCCCUUCUGCAAGUCUCUCAGAGAAGUCCAUCAAUACCCUUAUCUCCAAGUAUGCCCGAGAAGCAAUCACGAUCCCAGUAGCUCUCCUCAAUACAUCUAUGUCUGACACCGACUCCGCCCUGAACCAAAGUUUCGCCCUUGCCUCGUACGCCUCUACCCAAUCACCCCUUGGCCUGGUCUCUGCUUUGAAGGGACGUCAGUUCUUGGCAUCUAUGAGGAGUCGUGCCCCAUCCCCAUCCCCCUCCUCUGUCUCCUCCUCCUCCUCCUCUAUUCCAGUCCCUGAGAGGAGAAGGCUAAGCAACAGGGGUCCAAGCCCAGGUCUAACAAGUCCUGGCCCAACCAGCCCAUCAUCCCGUCCUGAUCAUUUGGUAUCACCUAGCAGCAGACACCCUACUCCCCUCCCAGAGGUACCAGAGAACCCCCAGGGUGUGCCCCUAGAGGGGGGUGAACUGCCGGCUGUACCCCCUACCAGGGAUCAGUGGGUACCUGAUGAUAAGGUCUCUAACUGCAUGGUGUGUCAGGAUAGGUUUAGUAUGUUUAAUAGAAGACAUCACUGUCGACGCUGUGGACGUGUAGUGUGCUGGAAGUGUUCUCAGCUACGUGCGAUGGUUGAUGGAUACGGAGAUACACCGGUCAGAAUCUGUGAUCAGUGCUACGAACGAUUCAUUGCUCCAAGAUCAUAUGGAACUCCACAGUCACUGGAACAAAGAAUGAAGGGCAAAAUGUCUGGAGGGAGAGGAUCAGGAGGAGGUUCAGGGAGUAUCCCUGCAGCAUCGCGAUCCUUCACUCCAUCCCAGACCCCCGAGCUAGGUAUGGGAGGAGAAGGACUGACUGAGUAUGGCCCGGUCACUGAAUGGAGAUUAUCUCUCGAUGAAGAGUACUGCAGUAUGGUCAGAGAGGAUUUCUACUAUGAGCAGGCUCCAAGUACAUCCCUAUGUCUGUCCAUCCUGGAGCUGCACUCUAACCCAGGAGUCUGUGGUCACCUGAUUCUUCAGCUAUGUCAAAGGUUAUCCGAGUAUCUCCGACCUAUCAGACCAGGGGAACCCAACACAGAGGUUGACUACAGUCUCAUUCUCAGCAUGAUGCGUACCUUACUGCUGAACAGCAAGCUCAAGUUCUUAGGUUCAGGAGACAGCGCUAGUCUAGAGAUGUGUGAUACAUACCUGGGUCAUGUAGAUCUUCUCAAUAUGUUUGUGUCAAGUAACUGCACUGAUAUACCAAGCAUUCAACAACUCACCAAGAUAGAUACUGCAAGACGUAUCCGAGACAAGCUAGUCCUGUCAGAGCGAUUGUCCCUAGCCAUGGAGGUCUCCACCAAGUGCGGACUGGAUCCUGGAGCCGUGUGGGCAGCCUGGGGUCUCAGCUGCCUCCAGGCGGGAGACUAUGAUGGGGCCAGGGAGAAACUCAGUAAAAUAUUAAAGACCCCACCAGAUAAGAACCAAACCCAGGGACCUAAUAAACUACUACAGGAAAUCAUCAAGAUAUUGGAGUCCUCAGCUGGUCAAACAAUCAAGGUUCAAGAUAUUCUGACGUUGUCUGCUAGUUCUAUCAAGGACUUCAUUUCACAGCCAUACAAGAGUGUACCUGAGUCAGGGAAAGUGACCGAGAAUCCAGCGCUGAAAGAAUGUGUACUUUACAUUGAGACUUACAGCUCAUAUCUUACAGCUGUUCAGUUCUAUAUGAGACAUGGAAUGUUCCAGAGGGCUGUCACUUACAUACUCCAACAGCAAUGUUCCAGUGAGGUGUUCUUAGAAGGUCUGUUGGUGCCUUGUAUAAAGGAGGGCCAGCUCAGUAAGCUACAGGAACACAUGCUAAGAGUAGACCCAUCAUUGGUUAAAUGGCACCCUUGCCUGACUGCAUCCUGUCGUCAUGUCAAUCGCCUAGGGUGGAGUCACAUCCUCUAUCAGAUGCAGCUCUUCAUGAAGGACUUUGUACGAGCAGCCAUGACGUGUAUCAAGUUCUUCCAGGCCAGUGCUACAUCAUACUCGGACCUCUUUGAGCGUCUGCAUCAUGUGAACAGGGCUAAAGAUCACAUGACUGCUGUGAUGGAUGAUAAACAAUGGGGAAGUGUGCCACGCCCUUCACCUGGUAGCCCCUCCUCAAGAGGGUGGGGUGGAGGCGGUGGAGAGACUAAUAUUAGACUCACCCUCACUCCUUCAGAACUUACCAAGCAUCUAAAUACAAUAUCCCUGCAGAUAGAAGUGACCACAUUCCUUCAUCGUCAUCUUGGCAAGAACAGUCUGGUGCCACCCACGUCCACCACCACCCAGGCCACCUCACCUCAACCAGCAGGGCUGACUAGGAAGCAGUCAGUGGUUGGGGGCGGGGGCGGGGCUCAGCCAGCAGGGCUACCCACCCUCUUUGGCAACAGCAUGGAGAAAGCAGAUGUCGUUCACAAGGUUCUACUAGCUGGAACAACUAUACAAGAAGGGUUUCAACUAGCAUUCAAAAUCAUCCAGGACUUUCGCCUUGCUGAGCCCAAGAUCUACAGUCGGGCGGGACGUCGUCUAUGUCUCCUCAAGAAGUUCAACGAGAUCAAAUUGCUUCUCAAAUGCCACAAGGAUACUGGAUUGGCUAGCAAGGAGUCAUGUGAUGAGAUCCUGGAUGCCUGUGUGAGGGCGCUAGUUGGAGACAAGAUGCAGGUCAAAGGUGCAGAGGAGUUGAUUAAGCUAAUGCAAGGUGAUACGAGCAAGAUCAAUGCGUACAUUCUGAUUGGACGGCUGAGACAAGCCUACUUACUAGCAGUGAAGGGAGAGAGGGAGGAUGAUGUGAGACGUAUCGCCAUGGCAGCAGAACAAGCUGAGGCAUCAGGGGUCAAACUGAAAGCUAUCUGUGACCAUUGGCUGAGGGAUUAUGAGGCUAAGAGGAAGAAUGCUGAACAAACCAAAGAGGUGCUAGCUAGGAGUAAGGCUCCCAGGUAUUGAGUUAGAAGGCCAGAACUCUCCCAAACCUUACUUGCUAAAAUGUUUUAAUUGUAAAGCUUUUUUUUCUUUAAUGGGAUCCAUAUUAAAAGGCAAAUAUUAUCUCAGUACUCACCAUGUUGAACAAUUUUGACAGAAGGAUUUUGAAUAUGUAAAUAGGUGAUGCAUUAUCUCUUUUUUUUUCUUCAGGAUUUUAAAUAACUCUACCUGUAUACAAAAUUGUCUACAUCCAAAUGGUAACAAGACCAUAUAAACCAUAUAAUCCAAUGGCUGGGGUAAUAGUAUAUUUGUAAAGCGCUUAGAGACAUUGUAUUAAGCGCUGUAUAAAAGCUAAAUACUAUCAUUAUUAUUCAAGUAUUACCUGUGGAUCAUAUUACCUUAUUUUUCUCUUUUAUUUAUUAUUAAAGUUGAAGUUAUUUACCGGUAAUGGUUUAUUACUGGUUGUUUUUUUAUCUUGGUAUAUCAAUAUACUGGUAUUUCAACUUUAAUAUGCACAUUGAGUACUUAAUGCAGUGCCAGCCACUUAUGUGCACAUGUAUUCCUGCUUUUCCCUGUUCAUUUUACGUCAGAAUGGAAAGAAAUUCAUUUGUAAAUUUUCUUCAAAACUGCCAACGUAAUAUUGAAACAAACGCCAAAGAAUAAGACAAGUGUGUUGCAUACCAUUCACAAUUAUUUGGUAGAUCAGUUGUGCGUGUGGAAUAGCCUGUAGUAGGGCUGUGCUUUAAGACACAUCUACAUUAUUAUUGCGAACUUUUGUGGUUGCCACAUGUGAGCUAGUGGAGCUGAACUUAGCAGUUUAUGUGUUAAAGGGAGUAUUGAUAUCAUUUCUUAUUAUAUAACAUUAUUUGACAUAUUUAACGUAUACAGUAUUUAACAUUUCUUCUACAAAUUCAAGUCAAAUUGUAUACAUUCCAUAAUAUAUGAGAUAUUUUCAUGUAGGAUCUUGUGCCUUAUUUUUUGAUUUUUCUGAUUUUGAAGUAGUUGUUAUACAUGUACCUAGCCCACAGCACAUAAAUGCAAGGAUGUAUGCACUGGAUCACUUUUUGUGUCAAUCAAAAUGCAAUAUUUGAAUUAUGCAAUAUUAGGAAAAUUUAGGUCUAGUGUAUACAAACUAAUAUGAUGAAAAUGGCUAUAUAUGAUUGUUGAAUCAGCAGGUGAUAUGAAACGUACAUUUGAUGUCAACUUCAUUUCCAAUGACACUUGACAGGAACAAUGACAGUCUUGGACUGUAUAAAACAAGUUUCAUGCAAACUGAUGUGUAUCAUGCGAAAGUAUGUGUAGUUUUUGUUUUUGACAAUGCUUUUGCCCAAUUGGGCAUAAGCAUUGUCACUAUGUGCUCUGACUAAACAUGAAGCACUUUCCUGCUCUAACAUAUUCUCAUAAAAGCAUUAUUUGAAUAAUAUUGAUAUUGUAUCACUACUGAAUGUUUGUGUUUUAAUGUGGAAUAACUACCACAUGACUUUCUUUUCUAAAAUUGAAAAGAAAUUUUAAUAUUUUGAUUAAUGCAAUGUAAACAGAUAGCAGAUGAGGUUGAUUUAAUAUGAUUUUGCUGUAAAUAAUUGUAAGCAAUGAUUUUGAAGAAGUGGAAAAAUAUUAUUCUUGCCCCUAAAUAGUAUUAUGGACAUUCUUGCUAUUCCCAGAAUUGUUUUAUGUGUGUAUCUUAUUGUAUUUUCAUAAGCAAAUGAGCUCAAAAUAAUCAUGAAAUAUUUCCCCACUUUAUGCAUAUCUAUUUUAGGUCAUGAUGAUAUGAAAAGUGGAUUGAAAAAGAUUGUAUUAUAAUCAUUUUAUUAUAUAUUUACUACUUUGCUGUAGAUGUAUUGAAGAGAUAAGAGCAGUAUAUGUUGUCCCUUUCAAAUUCUGUAUAGAGAUACUACAGUUACUACAGUAAUUCAAUUCCUAUUUAGAUUUGCAAGAAACAAGAAUAUUAUACAGUGCAUAUAAAAAAACAUACCAAAUUUGAUAGCUUGGGAUCAAAAAGUCACAAUCAAUGUGACCUGGAAA